CUCUGACAGCUCUGAGUCCGUGAAAAGCCCACAGAAAGUCUCCGCCCAGCCCCGGCACCAGCGCCGGCACCGGCACCGGAGCGGGAGCGCACGGAGGCGGAGCGCGCUGAGCGGACAGGGCGGGAUGGACGUGUCUGCGCCGCGGGGCUUAACCUGAAGGGACAUGAAGAACAGAGAGACCUGAGGGGGAUGUGGGGGCUUUGAACCGUCAGUUUCAAUUAAAUUCCUGCCUUAAGGGUGGGAAGGUGCAAUCUGCCUCGCCUGGCUGUAAUCCUGCAGGAGGAGCGGGGGAAGCCCUGGUUCCAGCCCUGGCUCCAGCCCUGGCUCCAGCCGGACAGGGACCGGAGAGUUGGACGGGUAGCGCUCUGCUACUCGGAUCUUUUGCCCUGCACAUGAAGGCUGAAAUGGAGCGACUCUAAAAGCUGAUCCAGUCAGUUAAACUGGCAAGAUUCCUCCUGGCACCAUGAGCGGACCGACUAAAGUUCAGUACCAGUCAGGUCUUUAUGGAGGAAACAACAACAGCGGCUCGCCUCUCUCCAGCCGAGGAAACUCAGCAAUCGUGUGUGAGCGGUGUGGGGAAGUCUGCCGUGGGGAGGUGGUGCGCGUCAAGAACACACACUUCCACGUCCACUGCUUCACCUGUCAAGUGUGUGGCUGUGACUUGGUCCACGCGGGCUUCUUCCACCACUCGGGCGAGUACAUCUGCACCGAGGACUACCAGCGGCUGCACGGGACCCAGUGUGACAGCUGUGACCAGUACAUCACUGGAGAGGUGGUGUCUGCCCUGGGGAGGGCAUACCACCCGCACUGUUUUGUCUGCAGUGUCUGCAGGAGCCCAUUUCCAAUCGGAGACAGAGUGACCUUCUGCGGAAAAAAGUGUGUGUGUCAGCAGUGCUCACACUCUUUCAACACUGACAAGCCCGUUAAGGUCCACGGACCAAGCUACUGCGCGGGCUGCGGCGAGGAGAUCAGACAGGGUCAGUCUCUGCUGGCUCUGGAGAGACAGUGGCACGUCAGUUGUUUUAAAUGCCGAACAUGCGGCCGUGCGCUCACUGGCGAAUACAUCAGCAAAGAUGGGAUACCCUACUGCGAGGCUGACUACCACACCCAGUUUGGGAUCAAGUGUGACAGCUGUAACAGGUACAUCAGUGGCAGAGUCCUCGAGGCUGGAGGAAAGCGCUACCACCCCAGCUGUGCCAGGUGUGCCCGCUGUCACAUGAUGUUCUUGGAAGGAGAGGAGAUGUACCUUACAGGUUCAGACGUUUGGCACCCCAUGUGCAAAGAAGCAGCUCGUCUGGAGAGAAAACUGAGGUUGAGACGUACCUCCGAGACGGCGUCCAUUUCUCCUCCAGGCUCGUCUCCUCUCCUUGGCUCUCCUCACCGCCUCAUCUGCUCUAAGGCUGACAAUGAUGUUUUGGACUAUAAGCAGCUGGCAUCUCUGCCCAAGGUCAAAGCCAUAUAUGACAUCCAGCGGCCUGACAUCAUCCCUUAUCAGGCCAACCAUGCACACACACAGCUCUCAGAUGACACUCUAGAAAGAUACAACGGUGGUCAGUCGUUGGGUUCCUUAUCACCAUAUUCUCAUGAUCUGUUGGACGGCGUGGAGCUGAGAACGAGGCGUUCUUCCAGCUCCGCCUUCACCGAGUCUCCCGCUCACAGUCGCCACGAAGGAUCGCCCCUGCAUUACUAUCUCCCUGGCAGUGAAAGUGGCAGGAGCUCCCCCUAUUACAGUCAGCCAGAGCCCAAGUGUCCUACACCUACCACCUCCACCUUCCAAGCCUCCAAGCAUUUCCAUGUGCCAGCUUCUGAGGAAACCAACAUCUACAGGAAACCUCCCAUCUAUAAGAGACAAGAUAUAUCGCCGUCUACAGCUGCCAACAAGAGUAAGACCAAUGAGAAUCUCAUCAAUUCCAGUCGCCUUCCCACCUCUUACUGCAACAACCUUUAUCACACAGACUCCAACUACUAUCCCUACAGCGGCUCUCCUAAAGUCUCCAGGGUGAGGAGGUUUUCAUCUGGAGGAGAGGAGGAUGGAUGGAAUCAUAAUAUCAACAGGGGAAUUGGCAGGAUGAUCCUGAAGGAGGAGAUGAAGGCGCGAUCAGGUUGUUACGACAACGACCAGUGGGGGAGCAGACGCAGUUCCCGGUGCAGCAGCAAGGAGGCGCUGAACAGUUUGGAGUACAACUCCCUCAACGGCUCUCCGAGGUCCACGUGCAGUGCAGACAACGACUCAUACAUCGCUAAAUCUGCCUCGUUGCCCGGCUACGGCAGAAACGGACUAAACAGGCCUGGAAGUGCCGGUGCCGAUUAUUACCAAUAUGACAGCAGUAAAGCAGUAAAUUGGCAAAUCCGAGAAUACAAGAUCUACCCGUAUGAAUCCCUGGUGGUGUCGGUCAGAGGACAGCAGCAGCUCCCCAGUGACGUGGACAGAGCCCGACUGGAGCGUCACCUCUCGCCGGAUGAAUUUUACAGAGUCUUUGGCAUGUCCAUGUCUGCCUUCGACCGCCUCGCUCAGUGGAAGAAGAAUGAACUGAAGAAACAGGUCCGACUCUUCUGAGGAACAGCCAGCGGAUGUGUCGGAGCAUGUGCCGUUCCAACAAUAACAGACUGCUCUGAAAGUAGCUUCCAUAAAAAACUGUUUUACUGACCCGCCGAGAGGCUGAGCCCUGGAGGAGUCAGAGGAAAGCUGUCCGCUCCCAAGCCUUGCUCUGCUGUAACCCGUGUUCACUUGGACUUCUUAAGCAAUAUUUGUGAAGUUACUAAAGAGUGAGUGAAGGGGGGCUGGAAGUUCACACUUGGACAGAUUCACAGCAAAGAUAAUUGGUACUUUUAGGACUUGGCUGCUUCUCCCUUUGCCACCGGUAGAGGGCGCUGUGUCGCUGUUUAAGAAUGAGGUACUACAGCAAACUGAGGGUCUCUCAUACUAAGAGGAUAUUCAUGCCAGAAACUAAAGAUCCUCUGUGAAGAAAAACAGAUGGGAGACGCAAAAAGGAUCCCGUUUUACUUCAAGUGGCUUCCCCUCCAGAUACUCACAAACUAACAAGUCAUAAACACAACGACAUGUUUGAGUUUCAGCACUGAGGUUACUGAACUCACAAGUUAUUCACAAGUUUUGAUGAAGUGCAGAUUGAAAACUGAAGCUUUUAUCCAGAUUAUUUUUUCUUUCCCAAACUGUGUAUUUGAUUUUGAUAUUUUGAUGUCAGGUGACCUGAAGCCAUAUGAGUAUUAACACUUCUUUUCUAUGACAUAAGCAGAUUGUACAGUUCACUGAUGUGUUUUGAAAGUUGAAGUGAUGUGUAUGAACCGUGACGUGGGCAAUCAGAGAUUUUAGGCUUAGAAAGUGUGGUUGGUUUAUUUAUUUAUUUAUUUAUUUGUAUUUAAGGAACUCAAAUUUACACUAACAGCUGUGUUUGACAAAGCACGGCCACAUUUGGGAUGUUAGAUCCAGUUAAACCAAAGUGAAUGAUGUUUGUGACGUGUCUGCGUGCAGUAACAGCUGAUGGCUAGUGGAGGGUUUUGGUUCACAUUUAUUCAAAAGCUAUCUGAGUAAACAAAAGAAUUCUGAUUUGAAUGACAGAGAAAAGUGGCUGAAAAGAAGGAAAUAGCGGUUUGUGUGAGGAGAGACGCAAGGAAACAAUGGUGGCAGGAGUUUUAAGAAGUUCCACUCCAGACCUUUGCAGACAGGUUUGUGUUUGUGGUGAACAGGAGUGGCAGAUACCCACUGAGCUGGGGGGGAUUUUAGAGACACAGAAGGUGCUUGAUGGCUCAUAUAAAAGGUGACAAAAGUGACUGAAAAUGAGAAUGCUGUGUUUUCUUGAAUAAACUAUGUGUGUUUGCCGGUUAGAACAAAACACUUUCCACAUUGAUUAUGUAAAUAAAAACACACUAACUUAUUAUUUUUUAACUUAUUUCAGUUUAUAUUUGUCAUCUACAUCCCAUGUCUUUGACUGAAGCUUCUGAAUAAAUGAUUAU